CAUAGUUUCCGAUUUGUUGACAUCCGGCGCGUUUGGAUGUUACACCCCAGACGCUUCCCCUGAAACUAGCGAACUCAUUCAAGGGUUUGUGGCUGAAGGUCCUGUUUUAAACGGUAAAAGAUGUUUUUGACCCGAUCGGAAUAUGACAGAGGUGUGAACACAUUCUCCCCUGAGGGAAGAUUGUUCCAGGUUGAAUAUGCCAUAGAGGCAAUUAAAUUGGGCUCCACUGCCAUUGGUAUCCAGACAUCAGAGGGGGUGUGUCUGGCUGUGGAGAAGAGGAUCACCUCUCCCCUGAUGGAGCCCAACAGCAUUGAGAAGAUCGUGGAGAUUGACAGUCACAUUGGUUGUGCCAUGAGUGGCUUGAUAGCUGAUGCCAAGACUCUUAUUGACAAAGCAAGAGUGGAAACACAGAACCACUGGUUCACUUACAAUGAGACAAUGACAGUGGAGAGUGUGACUCAGGCUGUGUCCAACCUGGCGCUGCAGUUUGGAGAGGAGGACGCUGACCCUGGUGCUAUGAGUCGACCCUUCGGCGUAGCGCUUCUGUUUGGUGGAGUUGAUGAAAAAGGACCCCAGCUCUACCACAUGGACCCAUCAGGAACCUUUGUACAGUGUGAUGCUCGGGCCAUCGGCUCUGCAUCUGAGGGAGCACAGAGCUCUCUCCAAGAGGUCUACCACAAGUCCAUGACAUUAAAAGAUGCCAUCAAGUCGUCUCUCACCAUUCUGAAGCAGGUGAUGGAGGAGAAGCUCAACGCCACCAACAUCGAGCUGGCGACAGUAGAGCCCGGUAAGACCUUCCACAUGUAUUCCAAAGAGGAACUGGAGGAUGUAAUCAAGGACAUCUAGAGCAGAAAAGACUUGGUCCUGGUUUGGGUUCUGGACAGCAGGGGCGAGGACGUGGAAGCGUACCUGGGCUGAAUGUCACAACACAACUUCAACUUUCCAACAGCACAUUCUCAUUCUGGCUGCAUUCAGAAUCUUUUGGAUAGAGGUUUCUAUUUGCAAUGUGCUAAUUCUUGUCUUUCAGUAUCUGUACGUCUCUGUACAUGAGUCAGACCAGCACUGGACUGAGGGGCAAGAAAAUAAAGUCGGGUUGGGGGGGGGUAUUUUUUGUUACGAAUCAGUACUACGAUUAAACUGUUGUAUUCGGAAA